ACUUUCAGAAUUCAGUAGUAAUAGUAAUCGCUUGGAGGGACUACGCCGCCAACGUAACCGCCGCCGCCGUGUUAGCAAUCGGUUGUCUUUUAUUCGUCCAUCAUCAUCAUAUCCGGAAACAUAACUAUUACUCGACGUAUAUAACAAAAAAUCUCAAUAAAAAUGUCUGACAUUUCUGACAUCGACGAGAUCCUAAAGGAUCUGCAGAAAUUUGCAUGGCCGGAUUAUGUUGUAUUCAUUUCGAUGUUCGUCCUUUGCAUAUUCAUUGGAAUAUAUUUCGGUUUUCUUAAGAAAUCUCUUUCUGAAUCUGAUUAUCUAAUGGGUGGCCGAAAUAUGUUGGUUAUGCCAAUCGCGUUAUCACUUGUGGCCAGUUUUGUAUCUGGCAUCACGUUGCUUGGAUUACCAACGGAAGUGUACUCAUAUGGAAUACAAUAUAUAUAUGUUGCUGGCGGCGUUAUUAUAAUGGGAAUUGUUAUGGGAACUUUCUUCCUGCCAGUUUUUCAUGAUUUGAAUAUAACGUCAACAUACGAGUACUUAGAAAGUCGCUUUGACCGGCGCUUGCGAAUGUUUGGCUCCGUCAUGUUCACCAUUAUGAACAUUGGCUAUUUACCAAUUGUUAUCUAUGUUCCAGCUUUGGCGUUUAACCAAGUCACCGGUAUUUCAAUACAUACGAUUACACCAAUUGUUUGUAUUAUUUGUGUUUUCUACACAAGCUUGGGAGGGAUAAAAGCUGUAGUGUGGACAGACGUGGUGCAAACAAUUUCAAUGAUUGGCGCCCUGUUGCUAGUAGCUAUCAAAGGAAGCAUGAACAUUGGGGGAGCUUCUGAAGUCUUUAAACAAGCAUGGGAUACCGAUCGGAUUGAAGCACCAGAUUUUAAUCCUGAUCCAACGGUCCGUCAUACUAUUUGGUCUCAAUUAAUUGGUGGAGUAUUUUAUUGGACUCAAACAAACGCCGUCAGUCAGAAUAUGAUUCAAAGAUACCUAGCACUGCCUUCUCUAAAGGCUGGACGACGUGCUCUCUGGAUAUUUGUUGGUGGCGUCAUUCUGUUAAUGUCAUUAUGUAGUUACAAUGGUCUACUAAUUUACGCUACUUAUAAAGAUUGUGAUCCCUUACAAACCAAGUUAGCUAAAGCGAGAGACCAAUUACUACCACUUUUCGUAAUGGACACACUCGGAAGCUUACCGGGACUAACAGGACUUUUUAUAGCUGGUGUAUUCAGUGCAGCCCUGAGUUCAUUAUCAACCUGUCUUAACUCUAUGUCAGCGGUUGUUCUUGAAGAUUUUGUUAAGCCCUUUGUAAAGCGUCCACUAACAGAAUCGGCCAAAAAUUGGAUUAUGAGAUCUGUUGUGAUAGGAGUGGGAGCCUUAUGUGUUUGUUUGGUGUAUGUUGUUGAAAAAAUGGGAACUGUGUUGCAACUUACCAUGAGCUUAGAAGCCAUUACAAAUGGGCCACUUUUUGGCAUAUUUUCAAUAGGGAUCUUCUUGCCAUGGAUUAACGGAAAUAGUGCAUUAUUAGGUGGAACUAUAGGAGUAAUAGCGAUGUCAUGGAUCAGUUUAAAUUCUCAGCUGGCAUUAGCUUCUGGACUUAUUAAAUACGAAACAAAACUACUUAGUGUUGAUAAUUGCAAAUAUGACUUUAAUAAAACAUUGUCUACAGGACCUUUUGACUCACAUGCUGCUGAUGACAUUUUCCCACUUUAUCGCAUUUCCUAUAUGUGGUACACUUGUAUUGGUGCUUUAAUAACAAUUGGAGUGGCAUCCUUGUUCACAUUAAUAUGGGGUGGUAACGAUCCACGAGAUAUUGACUCUUCACUUUUGACUCCUUGCAUAAGAAAUAGAUUCAAAUGUUCUGCAAGCAAUGGAUACGAUAAAAGCAUUCCAAAAUCACACAAUGAAUCAAAAUUUUAAGAUAUUAUAUUAAAUUAUUAUUAUAAAAUUUAUUUUUGUAAAUAGUGCUAAGUUAAUUUAGGAAACAUUUUCAGUAAAACGAGUGAUAAAAAAGA